ACCUCAUAACCUAACCUCAUAACAGAAAAACGUUAUUGGAGAGUUCCUCCUCGUUAUCAAUUGAUGGGUGCAUGGGAGGUACCUGCCACACCUUAUGGACACUAGAUCGGGCGGAACCUCAGAACCUCAUAACCUAACCUCAUUACAGAAAAACGUUAUUGGAGAGUUCCUCCUCGUUAUCAAUUGAUGGGUGCAUGGAGGUACCUGCCACACCUUAUGGACACUAGAUCGGGCGGAACCUCAGAGCUUCAUAACCUAACCUCAUAACAGAAAAACGUUAUUGGAGAGUUCCUCCUCGUUAUCAAUUGAUUGGUGCAUGGAGGUACCUGCCACACCUUAUGGAUACUAGAUCGGGCGGAACCUCACUGAGCCUCAUAACCUAACCUCAUAACAGAAAAACGUCGGAUUAGAGAGUUCCUCCUCGGUAUCAAUUGAUGGGUGGGAGGCACCGGCCUCACUGCCUAACCGCACGGUAAUUAUCAGAACCUCAGUGUAGUUGAAUUGGUUUAUUCUCACAUUAUUUUAGAUAUGGCACAGCCUUUUCCUCAUGAGCCGAGAAAGCUGACUAGGCCAUUCAAGCAGAUCUUAAUAACACUAACUACAUGUAGAUAGUACUAGAGUACAUCACGUCGAGUGGAUUCCUAUCAGCUGGAUAGAUUGAGCAGGAACCUCACUGUGUGACAAGUGUCGGCAUAUCAAAUUCGACACUGUUAUUAUGUUCUUUAACGACAAAUAAACCGAACCAAGAGUUCAGUUAGUUUGAGAAGUUUUCAAAGAGUGGCGAUAAAAUGAAUCUGUUGCAAAUAUUUGUCUCUACACAGUUUAUUUCCAUCAUCAUAAUAUUGAAGACUACGACGCGUUCAUGGUACAUAAUGAAUAAACUGCAUUUGCACAUUGGCUACACUGUCAAUUUAUGUAACUUGUAGUUUGGCAAGGUGCCACGCAAGAUACGGGUCUACAAAAUGCUACUGACUAAGUCGUUGAUCGAUAUCUAGAUCGCCAUCUUCAUGCCCACUUUGGAAGACCUAUCGAUUACGAUGCAAAUAACACUGGACACUGCACUAGGAAUCAAUGAAGAGGUGUCGAUUGGGGUGGAUUUAUACCCUCCGUGAGCACGACGUAAAUAUAACGAACAACCUUUGUGCUUCUAGGCUUUUACAAUAAUUAGCUUCAUAAUCAGAACAUAACCUGCUGGCGAAGCUUUUCAUGUGUCCGUGAGCUUUCGUUUUUGCGGUUUAUGUUGACAGUCUGCUUUUAACAGAAAUGACCUCAACAGCGACCUUGGGUCUUCUGUUAUUUUUCGGCGCCAUUACUCUUCUCAACUUUUCCCUUGUCGAUACAUGGGGCUCGACCUGCGACCAGGGUUCUCCUGGCCCGCCAGGACCCCCGGGCCCGCCUGGCCCCAGCGGUGACUCAGGAGCACCUGAAUUCUUAGACUAUAAUAACUGGAGACAAUGUGCCUGGUACUCGUCUAACGGCAACGAUUACGACACUAACAUUAACUCGUGUACCAUCCAGAAGCGUUAUUCCGACAGCGCCCUCUACGUCGCCUUUGGGGGCAAUCUUCGGCUGUACGGUUGUGACGGUUGUUGCAAGAGAUGGUACUUCACCUUUAACAACAACGAGUGCUCGCCUGUACCGAUAGAUGGCACUGUUUACCAGACCAACACGUACUAUAUGAAUCUACAUAGACACCGCAACAUCGAAGGUUAUUGCCAUACGGUGGGAGCUGGAGAGGUCAUCGUUCGCUUUGCCGUAGGCGACUGCCCAGGGUACGGGAAUUAUGAUGCGUACACAGGAUGGAACAGCGCCUCACGUAUUAUCGUAAAGGAGAUACCUGCCUCACCUUAUGGCUACUAGACAACCUCAUAGACCUUACCAGUCCUUAAAGAAAUCUUGAUUUCUUUGUGAGUGAUGAGUGCGACUUUAAAUUUUACAAUUAUAACUGUGUGCCAAAAUUCCUUCAAAAAAAUAUCACUGAACAUCACGACUUACGAUUUUUUUGCUGCCUGACAAAAAAAAAUCAGGUGGAUUUCAAUUUAUGCGUCAGGGGUGCGAAGACAACCCAAAAUAAAAUCCUUUUUUUACGGGGAGUUGCAGACGAACUAAGGGGAGAUUUUCCCCAAUAAAUCAAACACAGGCCUUUAAACAAAUCAAUCCGUGAGGAGAACAAAUCGAACCGUUGAGGAGCACUUGAUAGAAACUUUAGAUAAGAAAAUCCAUGACGAUGACAUCACUAUUCACGGUACUACAUCUGAUAUUAUUAUUUUAACAUCUAAUUGCAUGCAUACAACUGUACACCACGAAAUGGACAAGUGUCCUAUUUACAAUUUCAAGAAUGGGCAAUUCACACACACAAAACAUUGUUACAACACUUGAAAUAAAGCAUUUGCAUGGCACUAUUUACAGUAAUACCACAUUAUUCGCAAUAUUCACCAAGAAUGAAAGAUGUCGUUAUAGCGUUGUACCAAACUUAACGCGAAAAUGAGUGAAUUCAACUGCUGCAAACUGCUUACUGAUAAACAAAUCAACAAAAUAAAGAGGUUCUGAUAUUCAGGUCUUACCAAGACCUUGCCUCUGAAGAAGGUCUUCCUAAGACCGGAACUUCAGAACCCUCUGAAUUCUUUUGGACUUGACUUAACGGUAAAUAUUCUCCGCUAAUAUCCGAAAAAAAUUCAAAGAAUUUCACGGGAAAGUCGCUCAAAUAAAGUCAACACAUUUAUUGAACAGAGAAGACAGAACACCGUCCUGUUGAAUGAAACGCAACAAUUGAGUGAUUCGCUGAGAAAUGUUCUCUUGACUGUAUGCAGCAGUCUUCAAAUAAUCAUAAAAUAAAAGUCAGUUAGCUUCUCGACGUUGCCUUUGCACAAUAUUAUCCAUAUAAGCUGCAGUUCGGUUAUCUCUCCAAAAUUCGUACCUCAUCUGAAACCUCCACUGACUUUGAAGCACGCAAUGUCAUUUGUUUGAAUGUCUGAAUGUUCAUAGAUCAUUGUACUGAAGAACAGAUUGUUUUCGAAAAAAUUUGACAUGUACAUUGUACAUAUGUACCUGCUUUAGAGAUAAAGGCCUAUAGCGUACAAACAUUUUAGUGCUUUGAUUUUUUACACAAAAUGUUCUCUAUAGAUUUUCUAUAUGCCGCGAUGAUAUUUUUAAUUUAAUGUAAGGUGGCGAUUAUUAAUUUUAACUUAAGACCAGUUUUUAUUUGAAUUCUUAUUUUAAAUGUUUUACAUUGAUUAUCUAGUUACAUGUAUAUUACUGUUUAUACAUUUUAACUUACCAUACUGCUUUAUCGUUUGUCUCUAAGGUUGCAUUAAAAAUCAAUGUGUAUCCCUUUGUUAAAGUUUAUGUUCACAUCUAGUCUUAACCCAAUUAAUUUUUGUUUGAUCAUUAUUUCCUGUGCUAUUUAACUAGAACUAGCCUGUGCAAAUAAGACCACAAUCUGGAAGAGAAUGGACGAAUAACUACAGAAAUACAAUGAAACUUACCCGAUCCCAAGGCUUCCCAGAAUUAUUCCAAAGCACUGUGUUUUCCAAACAAACUGUUUUCCUGUGGUGAGUGAGAUGGUCAUAUUCCGAUGUGUACUCCAU